UCUUGAAAGAAUAGAGAAAACUUCGAAAAGAAGGGUUUUGACCCUUUGGGCAUUUCCAUUUUCAAGCUCUUAAAUAUAGAAGAGGUACUGAGGAAGGAAAGAGAAUAGUAGAAGGUUCCAAAACGGUGCGAAUUGAGAAAGGGAACGGGAGUGAGGGAGUCUCAUUCCUCUGGCACUGCCAUUGCCGAAGUUAGAAUGUACAAUAAUGUCAGACCCCAACUUGGGGUACUUCAACCCCAACCUCCAACUAACUCACAACCAAAUCCAUUUGGUAAUGCAUUUCAAUCUGCCGGUUCAGGACUCAUUCGAGGUGGAUUGGGUGCAUAUGGAGAAAGAUUAUUUGGAUCAAGCUCUGAGUAUGUUCAAAGCAAUAUAAGUCGAUACUUCUCUGAUCCUCAAUACUACUUUCAAGUGAAUGACCAGUAUGUUAGGAACAAGUUAAAGGUGGUUUUGUUCCCAUUUCUACACCGGGGUCAUUGGACAAGAAUCACCGAACCAGUGGGAGGUAGACUCUCCUACAAACCUCCAAUCUAUGACAUAAAUGCACCUGACCUGUAUAUUCCACUAAUGGCAUUUGGCACCUAUGUUGUUCUUGCCGGCAUCUCAUUGGGUCUUCAUGGAAAGUUUAGUCCCGAGGCUUUGAACUGGUUAUUCAUCAAGGGUUUGCUUGGUUGGUUUAUGCAAGCAUCACUGCUUAAAAUGAUAUUGCUUACAUUGGGUGGUGGAGAAGCACCUCUGUUGGACAUCGUAGCGUACACCGGGUAUACCUUCACAGGUAUGUCUUUGGCUGUGGCUGGAAGAAUCCUAUCGAGUUACGCGUACUACUUUUUGAUGCUUUGGACUUGCUUAUGCAUGGGAAUAUUCCUGGUGAAAACCAUGAAAAGAGUCCUCUUCGCAGAGGUCAGGAGUUACGAUUCGAGCAAACACCACUAUCUCUUGCUCUUCAUUGCCUUGGCUCAGUUCCCAUUGUUCAUAUGGCUUGGCAAUAUUACUGUCAAUUGGCUUAUAUAGAGUAAUAAGGUUACUCUACUUAAAAGCACUUAAUGAACAUUUUAUUUCCUUCUCCUUUAUUGUAAAUCCUCACCAAAGAUGCAUAAUUUUAGGACUAUUACACAAAUGUUACAUGAUUUUGGUUUUUCAA